AUGGAAUUCCCCUCGAUCCACCAGAAACAGGAGCAAGCUGCUCUAGUAUUCUUCUUCUCUACUACCUUCAUCACAGUUCUAUUUCUUCGCGUAGCAACAAAGUGGCCAAAGCUGUGUCAGUAUAUUGCAAGAACGGAGGCGAUAGAUCCCCUUUAUGACACUACUCUAGUGAGAAAAUGCAAUUUAUCGUGCAUUAUGAUUCUUCUUUUGGCGGCUUUAGAACACGGUCUUCUGCAACUAGCCGGAUUCGUUACGGCGGCUGAUUGUGAACCAGAGAAAAUUUAUCAAACAUUCAUAAGCAACAGUUUCUCGUGGAUUGAAGUUCUUCCCUAUAACAAAGCCCUUGGAAUUCUAAUACAGUUCCUGAACACACAGUGCACUUUCAACUGGAACUUUGCAGAUGUAUUCGUUAUUUGCAUCAGUUUUUACCUAACUGCGAGGUUUGAACAAAUAAAUAAAAAAAUUGCAGCGUCCAGAGGAAAGUGUUUACCACCAUCAUUUUGGAGAAUAGUACGCCAAGAUUUCAACAGGGCUAGCAGUUUGGUAAAACGAGUAGAUGAAGUCAUUCGCAGCAUUACAUUCAUUUCCUUUGCUAACAAUCUGUUCUUUAUUUGCUUCCAACUCUGGCAUAUGCUUGUCGAUGGAAUAAAAACGACACCAUCUUGCAGUGUUCCAGACCAAAGAUUAUUCCACGGCUACGCACAUGCUAUCUAUUAUGCAUAUUCCUUAGUAUUCCUGAUUUUUAGGGCACUGACUGUCACCCUUAUAGCGUCACGCGUUCACACGGCAAGUCGAAAACCUGCGUAUAUUUUAUAUGAAGUACCAUCUGCAGCUUAUUGUAACGAGGUGCAAAGAUUCAUUGAGCAAAUUCAUGGGCAAACAGUAGCACUAACAGGGCUACAGUUUUUCAAAGUGAAGCGUGGAAUCGUUUUAGGAAUUGCAGGAACGAUAGUAACGUAUGAACUGGUGCUGAUGCAAUUCACAGGAGUCACCCCGGCUGGGGAAACCUCUGCUGUCAACAACAGCGCUUUUGUAAUUUGUAGUAAUCGCUUCACAGAAACAACAAACAUAGUAGAUAUGAUAGUUCCAAUAAAGCCAAAAACAAAUGGCUACAUCAAACAAAGGCACGUCAAAGAACGUCGAACGACAUUCCAUGCCGCAAUGAAGCUAACAGUCAUUACGGGACAGAUAUUUUCCCUCAACCCCGUACUAGGAGUCUGGGAAACAGAUACAUCUAAACUAAGAUUCACAUAUUUUUCCGGACGCUGUGUAUACACUUUGUUGUCAAUUUUGACCCAAGUGAUCUUUCUCAAUAUAUUAUCGUUAGUUAGAUAUAUGAAAACCUCCGAGGCUUCAGUAAUAACAAACACCUCUAUAGUGUUCUUCUUAACAAAUACUAUUAUCACAGUUCUGUUUCUGCGCAUAGCUUCAAAAUGGCCGAAGCUUUGUCACUAUAUUGCAAGAACUGAGGCGGUUGAUCCUCUCUACGAUACCACUCUAGUGAGGAAAUGCAAUUUAUCGUGCAUAUUGAUUAUGUUUUUAGCUGCAUUGGAAUAUACUUUAUCGCACUUAGCCGGUUUCGUUUUGGCAGCAGACUGCGAACCAGAUAAUAUAUACCGAAAAUUCAUAACCAACAGUUAUUCGUGGAUUGAUGUCAUUAUAGACUACAGCGAAGCUCUUGGAGUUCUAACACAGUUUCUGAACUUACAAUGCACUUUCAACUGGAAUUUUACUGAUGUGUUCGUAAUUUGCAUCAGUUUUUAUCUUACUUCAAGGCUUGAACAAGUUAAUAAAAAGAUCGCGGCAACUAGAGGAAAGAAUGUACCAUCAUCAUUUUGGAGAACAAUUCGCGAAGAUUACAAUAGGGCUACCAGUUUAGUCAGACGAGUGGACGAAGUAAUCGGCGGCGUCAUAUUCAUCUCCUUCGCAAACAAUCUGUUCUUCAUCUGUUUACAACUCUUGCAUACGCUUUCGAACGGGAUCAAAGCGACGCCACCUUGCAGGGAACCUGACAAAAGAUUGUUCUACGGGUAUGAACACGCUUUGUAUUACACGUAUUCCUUAGUAUUCCUGCUCCUAAGGUCAACAAUCUUCUCUCUGAUAGCGUCGCGAGUUCACACGGCUAGUAGGGAGCCAGCGUACACUCUAUAUGAAGUACCAUCUACAGUUUAUUGCAUUGAGGUUCAAAGAUUUAUAGAACAGAUUCACGGCGAAACAGUAGCGCUGACGGGUCUUCAAUUCUUCAAAGUGAAGCGUGGAAUCGUUUUAGCAAUUGCAGGCACAAUAGUGACAUACGAACUUGUUCUUAUGCAAUUCACUGGAGUUACCCCGACAGCUACACCUGUAUAG